ACCUCUCCGAGACAUUCCGCACCCUCCUGAAACUCUUCCACUCACUUUGUCUCAAAUUGAAGAGUCUGUCUGAGGAGAGAGAGGGAGGGAGAUUUACGCGUCUCCAUCUCUAUUGCGCACAGAGUACUGCUCGUUUAUCUUUCGUUUCAAUGUUUCUUUAAUUUGUUCACUUCCUCUCCAGCCGAACCGGAUCGAUCGCCCCCCGUCACCGGAGGUCGGGGAUGACGGAUGCGCUUGUGGAGAGCCACUUUCCCUGGAUAUAAACAUGCGACGGGAGCUUGGUUAGACCAAACCAUGGAAACAUGUGUGAAAUGAGUGAUUCUUUGUGUGCAAGGAUAUACUGAGACCCGUUUUGCGCUGUUACUGCCCUUCACUGCGCAUUUAUUGAGACGUUUGGAGAGAUUUGGAUCCGUCGGUGUGAUUGGAGAGGUCCUCUCUCUCCGGUAGCGCAAGAAUCUAUGGAAAAUCACAUCGUGGGACAUGGAUAGACAGUUUGAGCCAUCUGUGGAUGUAGUGCCGAUGAUCAGAGCCCCCGUCUGAGGUGUGCUGUAGGUCUGGUGGUCUUGGGGAGUUUGUGGUAUGCGAACGCAACGACGCGCCGCGUCCUCCUCGCCUUCUGUCCGGGGCGCACAGACAUCUAACGGUGUCCGCUAGAUUCAUCAUGCUGAGGCAGAUGCUGUUGAACUCCACGGCAGCGGCGCGAGACUUCGACCUGAUGACCAACACGCACACGUCGGCACCGAUGAACGUGUCGCACGGGCCAGUGAGCGUGUCGGCCCUCCUGAAGCCCACGGGCCGCGGGAGCGCGCUCCGAGAGGGCGAGCCCGACAAACCCGACCUGGCCACGUACGUGGUGAUGUGUCUGGUGCUUUUCCUGCUGGUCCUCCUCAUCGUGUUCUUCAUCAACUGUCAGCUGAGAAACUCUUUCUUCGCAUCCAUGCCUUACGACCGCUCACUGCGAGAGGCCCGCAGCUCCUACAAAUGACCGACUUGAGCCCGAAAUGAUUGGAUCGUGCCAUUGGAACAUAUAGAAUGCAAAGUGAUGUGGAUAAUAUAGAACCAGCCCAGAUUGAAGAUGAACUCAUUGAUCUGUCUGUAUAUAAUGACUGUUUUGUACUUCUGCACGGCCUUUUCUGUCCAUAUAGGGUUUAUCACAAGUUGUGUGCAUUGUGUAAGACAGAUUAUUUUCUUGUACGGUGUUAAAACAUGAUUAAAUCUCACAUUCAUGAC